AAUAUUCCUAACUGCAGGCAAAUAGAGUCGUCAUGUGGUGAAUGUAUACAAAAUAUUGAUCCUCCAUGUUCUUGGUGUGAAGAUACUGUGAGUACUCUUUGUUUUUUUAGUUAGUUUGUGGAUUUCAUUCUUGAUGUGGGGUAGUUUUUUAAUUCCUAUAAUUUGUUUGUAGCAGUUGUUCCUUUUCCUUUGUAGAUGAUUUAGUUUUCUGAUAAAAGAAAGCUGCUUUUCUUUUUUAGUUAGAGCCAGUAAUUAACUACUGAAGUAUUUUGGCAAUGAGCUCUUUAACUGUCAAUGAAAUUGUUGAAAUUAUUGAAGGGUUUUACAACAUGGAAGGCUUUAACCCAUUCGCUCCUGGAGAUUUUGCCGAAAAACGCGUUUUGAAGCUAGUCGAGUGGUUUUCUGGUCACUGUCGUGCUAUAAAGAGCUAAAACUUACCACAAACCGGUUUACAGGUCGUACACUUUGCGGCCUUCUGAUCCAGAUGCAAAAUUUCAGCUUGCGAAGUUCAGGCAUGCGCAGAAAGCAAAAUUUCGAGAUAGUUUUUGGGUUUAAAAGUGACACAGCAGUCUUGACUUUUACUUUUUGGUUUGCUCUCCUCCCUUCUUUUUUCGCUUUUCUUGCCUCAUUUUUUUUUCUCUUGCUGGGCAUUUAGUAGGCUUCAUUUUGGUGGGAAGAGUUUUUAGGAAAGCUUUUAGGAUCUUAGGAUUAGGUGAAAGGAAAGGUAGAUGGGUAAUGGAACAAGAUUUUCAUGGAGAUUUUCAGGUCCUUGUCACGUGGUUUUUUGCUUCUUUCUCCGGUGUCCUUGACUGAAUUGUGCUCAUUCUGGUAUGGUUUGAAAGAUCUCUUCACUCUGCACAAGUUAGCGAGGAAAGUUGUCCUUGACCGUUAAAACUGAUGACGUCACAAAGGGUAGAAAGGACCUGGAUCCGCAUGGGCGGUUACGGGCGGUUCAGGGGCGAAUGGGUUAAUCAAAAAACCUAAAAAUGGCCUUUUACCAACUUUUUCACCUGAUUUUUCAUGAAAUAGACAGAUUUGGUUGUUUUAUGCUGAAAAGUGGAUUUUUUUCAAAAAGCUUGGUACUUUGCUUAAAGGGAAUUUCCUUUGGUUCAAAAAUAAUAACAGCUUUUGACCUUUGUGGCGGCGUUUUGUUUACAUAGGAGUAUGUUUGGUUAGAGCAACCAAGAGACAGAUGUGAUACACUUGCCAACCACACCAAAAAUGGAUGCAAGAAUAUAGCAAAUCCUAAAUCCAAAUUGGUUACAAAUGAAGUAAGUUAAUAAUUCUGUAAGUAUACUAUAAUAAGAUAAUUAUUUGUUAGCCUUAUAAGUUUGGGCUGCAAAUCUCUUUCUUAAUGUGCAAACUCUUGUGAGAAUACAGUAAUGUUCAAAACUAAGUUGACAGUCUGUUGUGAGUCUGGAUAAUUUUUUCUCGACUCUCGUUUCCUGUGCAAACCAAGUAGUUAUUGAGAAUCAAGUCUCAGGAGACAGAAAACAGCACAUAUUCACCUACUGUAUGUCUGAUUUCUCAAUAAUUUCACAACACAACAUACAGUGUAGUUUACAUGUAUACCUUAAUUUCUCUGAUAUUCUACUUCCAAAAAAUAAAAUUAAUCUACAGUGCAGCUCAGAAAUAAGCAUUCAAAAAUUUGUGCACAAAAUGCAUGUGAGCAAUUUGCGUAUACGCGUCUGCGGCUGAUCAGUGUGCGUCCAUUUUAGAUGCGUCUGAUUAGUACAUGUAUGUUGUAUGAGCUAGCAUAUUGUCUACUUACUGUUCUUAUUUUGUUGUUAGUUUUGUCAGACUUUAUUGUAAGUGAAUGGAUCUUAAACAAUAAAAUUAGAUUUGGGCACCUGAGCAGCUGUAUAAAAGUAAACAUACAUUUAUCUAACUAUAUCAUGACUUGAACAUUUAAGCAAGUCCUCAUCAUCAGGACAAAAUGUUUUCAUUCACAACUGUUAGUAGUUGAAGCAUCUUCUUCUUUAAAACUGAAAUGUUUCAAUUUUAAGAAAAGGUUCUCAGUUCUACAAUGAACUCUCAUUUCAGAAAGUAAACCUAUUUCUCUACCUAGUCCGAUUGCAAGAAAUGUCGAUGACAUAAAUUUAUAAAGCACAGUUAGUGUCAGUCAUUUGGCUACAGUGGAGUUAGCUAAGAACCUUGGCUGCAUCACUUUGUACUUAUAAACAUUCACAGAACAUAUUUCCCAAGGAGUCAAUGGAGCCAGCACUUUUUAUUAGGAAGAUGUUUAAACUUACCCAUCAUCGACACCCAACAUUUUGUGUCUUUGGCAAAACAUGAAUGUAUCAAUCGAUCAGUCAAUCAUUUAAGCUAAAACUCGUUCAAAAUACGAACAUGUAUAAAUAAAAUCUGUAAUAAUUAUUACAACUACCGCAUUUAUUCAAAUAAGUGAAAUAGCGCCCACCUCAAAUAAGCGCCCAUCCUAAAGGCAGAAAAAGUUAAUAAGGGCCUAGCCUCGAAUAAGCACCCACCCCACCCCACCCCACCUCCCGAUCCCACUCAAACUCAAUAAAGCACCCACCCCCACCCCACCCACUUUCCCCCCCCCAACCCCCCAAAAUUGAAUGAGUUCUAAUAAGAGACUUCCCCGAAGACAGAGUUUUCUUCAGAGUAUUUUACAGAACCCUUGCUUUGUUAAAUCUUUGCGUUUUGUUUUUACCAUUUAUUGUUUUGUUGCAAAAUAAACGUACUACACUUGCUGAAAAUGUUGAAAAUUUAAUAAGCUCCCAGCCUUGAAUAAGCAUCCACCUCGAAUAAGCGCCCACUCUCAAAGUCCAAAAAAGUAGUAAGCGCCCAGGGGGGUUAAUCGAAUAAGUACGGUAUAUUUUAAUAUUAUUCUACUUUAAAAACAACUUGAUAAAUAUUUGAAAACUUAGUAAUAAAAACAUAAAAUAUAAAAAGCUAAAACCUACUGAAAAGCCAUAUACUAAAAACAAAACAGGAAAACUAAGAAUGUACAUGUAUAAACAAGAUUGGAUGUGCAGAAUGUCUGACGCCUCAAUGAACAUCUCUCAUUGAGGUAUGAAGUGUAGCUUAAACAAACAAAUCUUCCAUGCUCCUAUAAACAUUUGAUUUGCAUUGAUCAAUCAUUCAUUUGUGUUGGUUUCUAUAUGAAAGAAAAACAAAAUUAUAAUAAGCUAGGUGGAAAUGAUGCAAUCAUUGCAAACUUUUGCAUGCUGUUUGCUUUGCCCUAUGUAAUCUGAUUCUCGUUGAUUAGCAGAUGAUUAAUAGAUUGAACCAAGACAAGCGUAGGCAAGCAUAGGCUUACGAUCAACUAACUUCUUAGUACCUUUGCAUUACAUGUAGUACCUGCAGAAUAUGCAAAUUCUCUCUCGUUUGGGUGCCAUGAGAUUUGACUAUGAUGUAUGAUGUCAGCUGCACUGUAUCUUGUUGUUCACUUCUAGGAUAGACAACUUGAUUCAGAUGUGAAGGUGAAACCACAGAAUGUUACUCUGUCACUUAGACCAGGUGAGUGAUAAUUAUUAAUUGCCACAUAAUAAUUAUGGAGCGAUCAUCAUUCUUUUUUCUCGUCAGAAGGGAGACUAGUGUAUGUUACAGAUCAAAAUUAAAUUCAAGUUAAACUUUUUAAACCAAAAUUAAUUCUCAAUUUCCCCUGUCUUCUAGACCUGACUAUUCAUGAAUGAUUACGGCUAGGACAUAAAAUCAGUGAACCUAGGUUAGAAAAUUUUAUUCUGAAUUUAAUUUUUUCCUGCAUAAAAGGCUACAUUAUAUGUGUUAUUGACCAAGAGUGAGGUGCAGGUUGCUUGGAAUUAAUUGACCAGUUUCCUUUUUUUGCCUUUUAUUGACUGGCAGAGGUUUUAUAGUCUGUACAUGUAUUUGCUUGACUGUGAUGAAUAUUACACUUUAUUUCAUGGUUCCACAGGUCAACCAGCCACAGUUAAGGUUGUCGUUAAGAUGCCAGAAAAUUAUCCAGUAGAUUUGUAUUAUUUGAUGGACUUAUCAGGUUCCAUGGUAGAGGACCUUAAGAAGUUUCCUGCCCUUGGAGAGAGUAUAGGUUUGCAACAAUAAAUUGCAUUUUAUGUGUACAGUAGUUCUCAUUUGCCACCAACAUACCUGCAGUAUGAUCACUGGUUAAUAUUAAAUGGCUAAGGUACUGCUUUGAUCUGAGAAUACAUGUAGAAUUUCGAAAUCACCAGAUGAGCUAUCCUAUUUUUUGCUGCAGCAUGCCUCCAAUUGAAGUGAGUUAACUUCAGAGGCAUACUGGCAGUAAAUAUCUGUGGUGGUUUUUGCUCCGACCAGCGCAUAAUUAUUUCAUUCUCAUAUGCUGGAACAGUAUCACAGGCAGUAACAGUACUAGUGGCUCUUUCACAGGUUCAGUGUAGAGUAGGUUGAUUGGCUGCAUACAUUGUACAUGUACAUUGUAUAUAAAACAUAAUACAAUUAACGACUGUAGUUCAUCUUCAACAAUAUAGAUCUGGUAACACAUCUAUUUCAAAACACACUAGGCUCUGCUCAAAGGAAAUUAUACUGCUCACAGGAUGUCUUCGUGAUUCCUCCACAAAUCACAUGCUAAAACAUAAACCUAAAUAAGUCAUUAAGGAAAAGAUCAAAGCUCUGCCAACUACAUUUGUUUCGUACAGUCAUGUAAAAGACAUUGUUUUGAUAAAUUAUGCUCUGGUGUCAUACUAUAUAUACUGGUACAAUGUAUGUUCUUAAUUUUGUUGUUGUUGUUGUUGUUUGUUUUUCUUUUAUUUACUUUAUUUGACAGCAAAAGAAAUGAAAAACAUCACAUCCAAUUUUCGUCUUGGUUUUGGGGGAUUUGUGGACAAGCCAAGAGCUCCAUAUAUUGACACUCAACCUCAAAGGUAAGUACUGUUUUAUCAGCUCAAUUUUGUUGUGUAUACUUUUCUUUUCAUGACCCAGCCACUAUAAGCGUUACGUAGCAGUUGCUUUAGGGACUUUGAGAUCCAACGACGCGACAACAACGAGAACGUCGCUUAAGAAGUGAAUUUGCGUUCUUUCAGUCUUUAUAGUGAUUAUUCCUACCUACUUACUUUGUCAAAUGUAGGCAAACCCUCCUGAAGCUGAAUUUCAAGUAACAUAUCCAAGCUCAGAAAAUGAAAUAAAAUUUCGUCGUUUCUUGUUUACGUCCUCCAUAAAACGCGAAAUAAGGCAUUUCCACGACGUGGUCGCGCAAAAAUGGGAAAGAAAUAUACAAAAAAGUGUGAUGCACGUGCGAAAUUGUUGUUUUGCUUAUUAAACCUAUUGUUUUUUUGACGUUCUCGUUGCCGCCAGCGUCGUUGGAUCUUAUAGUCCAUAAUAUGGACACUGAGGGGCCAUUUAAAGGAGCUGUGUCACGAAAUUCAGCCAAAUCAGGAAAUUACAAAAUGCGCGUUCAAUUAACAGAAACAUAAAAGUAACCGCUUAAAACUUUAAAGGAAGGUUAAAAUAACAUAACAGAAACAACAGAUGCCACGGAUGGGCAAAACAGGAGAAGAUUGGAACGGAUUGAAAUUAGGGUUUUUGAAAACUGUUCAGCCUAACAGUUUUUCAAAGUUGAUCCCUGCUGCUUGCAGCUUCAAAAAUAAUGAUCAGGAGACAUAUUUGUUUGUCUCGGAUCUCUGAUUUUGUCAUUUACAUGUAAUUUCUUUGCUUACUUUAAGUUCCAUAGCGAUUGAAGGCGAGUAAUUGGCAAAAUUAAACAAAAUGCACUGAACUGCCGUGACACAGCCCCUUUAAAGUGUCCGUAUGGGCAGGGUGUCCGUAAUUAAGCGCUAUGAAUAUUCCAGUUUCGAAUUCGUCGCUGCUGCUGAACAGAAGCACUGAAGACUCAUUUAAACAGGGUUAGCCUUGACGUACAGUAAAUAACAAGACUAGCUUACUAGUAAUAACCAAAGGUUACGGAGUGCGGGCGACAACGAUCGAAGGUAAAAACGCUUUUGCUCAAUCACUGUGCAUUGCAUAAGUUUCACGUGAGAGUUAGUCAAAACAUGCGUGAUCAAAUAACGAGUGAUAGAAAGUCCAUCGUGCGUGAUCAAACUGCGUUCUCUGCAUUCCAUUCAUCCUUAAUGGAAGUCCAAACGAAUGCUGGCUACAUACAUGUGACGCAUGCGUAAUAACAACCUGGAGAUUAGGAUUGCGCGCUCCUCUUGUCGCCCGCAAUUAUAUUCACAAAUUUCAGUCAGAGGAAGACCUGUGUACAACAGUGUCUCUUGUUUUAAAUUUAAAUUCAGGCAUCUUCUCACCGUUAGAAUAUAAAUAUUUUACUUUAGGUCGAGGUUUAAUAGCCCUGAACAAAUAAGUCUUCGGCACAUUUAUUCAGCGGUCACAAAAAAUUCGAAACGAGACUAUUAAGAAAAAAUGUAAGGGCUUUCAUUCCCCUAUAGGGAAAAAGUACGUGUAAACUGCUAAUGAUAAUGAGGGGUCCGUAAAGCAGGGUUUAACUGUAGGCAUGUCCAAGUUGCCGUGCUCUCUUUAUUAGCGAGUACUUACAGUUAAAUAACUUUGCUUUUUAUUAUUUUUUAUUUUUUUUUUAUUAUUUUUUUUAAUCAAGAGCACAAGAUUGUUAAUUUGUUGCCCUUGUUAUCAAGGGAGGGCCACAAGUUUACCAGUUCUGAACUGUAAUCUAAUGUGUCACCCUCGGUAAAUAAUGUCAUUCAUUCAUUCAUUCAUUCAUUCAUUCAAAGAGAUUCAUCUUGUGUUGUCAUUUUCCCAAUUCUGAACACGACCACCUUCUAUUAUGAAGCACUGAUAAAGAACGAGGAAUUUAAUGCUGAUUUUUCUUUGGGCCUAAGAGGGGUAAGACUAAUCUGCGGAACUGCAGACGGCAGAACCGGCGGAACCUAAGAAAAUGACGGUUUUUAUUACAACUGCCUUUGGCUAACGUGAUAAAGAAAUAUGUUACAAGUAAUUUUUACAAUAACUGAGCUAUUUCGAGCGAUUUCUCGCCCGCUGAUUGGUCUAGAGCUAUUGUACAGAGUACAGACCAUAGAAAGCUGUUAUCGAUUUGUUAAGUAACACUGAUCGAGAGGUCUGGUUCCGAAAGAGAAAAGCCCUCUAAUCAGUGACUUCCGGCUUGUUACUAGUCUGCUACGCAGCCGUUUUUAGUGUCGUCACGCAACGCUCCUCCCCACUAACGGAGCGUUGCGUGACGACUCUAAAAACGGCUGUGUAGCAGACUAGCUUGUUAGUAGUCGUCGGAAGGCAACGAGAGGCGUAGAUUUCAACACAGUAGGAUGAGAGAAGGAUGAGGUUAUUGGCGCCUGCUGUCACUUCCUUAAUACCCAUGACCGCUCUACAUCCAGCACACACACUAAAACUCUUUGCGACCUCAUCAAAUUCAUUCUCACUAUAAACUUAUUAGUCCAUCUCUUACCUAAAUACCUUUAAUUGCACUAUUAAAUUUACGUCCAUCUAUUCAAAUAUUUCCCCUUUCUCAACGUCGAGGUGUCUCUCAAUUAUGGUAUCGAUCAUGGAAGCUGUUCUUUAUACUAAACCUACUCUAACAGCUAGACGAACAACUGUACCUUUUACGCUCUUCAUGUCACCGGCCGUUACACCCUAGCUCUGUACUAAACGCGAGCUUUAAUUUUUCAUUCAGCGUUGCCCUGGGAAAACGACGUAUGUGCUCCUCCAACAAGACUUUCAAUCUGCGUUGUAACGAACUACCCCACAGACUUGGAUAUAAUCUCGGUCUCCUCAACCAGGAGAUACCUCGUGUACUCCGGAUUUUACGUGACGGGGAUAAUCGAAGGAUUCACUACCACAUUAACAUUCUCUCAUCCUCCCAACUUUGCGCUACUGUGUUUUAAUAUAUUCCUCUCGUUCCCUUCCCACGUACUAACAAGUCGAAAGUCCGCGAUUCGUGGACUUCCCGUUCGGAACCAGAGCUCUCGAUUAAUGUUAUGGUGUUAUAUACUGUUCACAGUCUCCUUUUUUUUUUUUUGCAAGAGCGGCGAGAACGAGCGCUAAAGGCGGCCACCUUGACCGAGUUUAGCUUGAACUACUUAAAGGGCAGGAGCCGUGCUGGAACCCCCGGGCUCGCCCUCUCAGUACAUUUACAAAAUGAGCUCUCGCGCGAUGUCGACAAUCUUACAGAACACUAGGGAACUGUGAACGGUCUAUUAGUGCUUUUAUUAAUUGUAACAUUUUAUUUCAUCACGUUAGCCAAAGGCAGUUGUAAUAAAAACAGUCAUUUCUGUAGGUUCCGUGGUUCCGCCGUCUGCAGUUCCACAGAUAAGUCUUACCCGGGCUUAAAGAGGGCUGAUACCACCACGUCAGCAAUAUUAAUAUGAUAUAUUUCAAUAGCAAACUCUAUAAAUACUCAAUUUUUAACAAUAUAUAUUAUUGGACGAGGUUGAGGAAAAUAUCGUGAUCUGGGGGACAUUGACAAAUCACGAUAUUUUGUGAUAACCAUAGUUCAAUAAUUGUUUUAUCAUUCGAUCACCAAGUUUGAUAUUUAAUGAAUGUCCUGAAAGAAGCGAAGCAAUCUGCCAUUUUUACAGAAAAGAGCGAUCGCAAGAAGGAGAAAAGCGUGGUUUUGUGGAGAAUACUUUUUUCAGCCAAACACAGUUGAACGGCAUUGCGCAUGAGCAGACCAUUAUUUGCAUGUCACGUGGUGGGCUCUCGACCAAUGAAAAGAAAGAAAAUUUGCCUUGAAUGAAUAAAAAUGUUGUUUGUUACAAAUGCACUGGUAUAUUGUUUUUUAUAAAUUUUGACUUACAGUUUAGUCUCUGUGCCAGCAUUUGGUUUUCAUAACCAGCUAGGUCUGACUGAAGACUUCCGUGAUUUUCAAGUAAGUAUGUUCACACAGUGUACAUGUACAAAUUGUGUAGUGUAAUAUUCAGUUGACUGUGGAUAAGUAAUUAAAAAGGCAAGGCCUUGUUCUAGGCGUCCCUGGUAGGGCCUGAUGCCCUAUUUCUGACCUCGGUCACUGUGGAUUUCAGAGGUAAUCAGAUCACUGGGCUCCGUUCAAGUUUUCUUAGAGCCUGACUUGAUAGCAACCAUCAGUAGUCAGUAGGGGCAAUAGCGUGAGAUUUUGAAGGUGUACGCACGGAAAGAAAAGUUGGAGUGCAGAAGGCGCUCUAAACAAGAGGGAUCUAGUGGCAUACUCCCCCAGCAAAGUUUUACAUUUACGGUCUUAGAAAUGCCAUUUUCUGCCUUUUUGGCAUUACAUUUUCAGUCAAUAAAUACGGAGAAGAAUGCAUCAGUUGUUUCAUUUUAUCUCUCUAGUUAUGUUAUAAUAAAAAGAUAUAGGAAGUACUAACGCAAAAACACCAAAAUAAUGCGAAACAUUUAUCACUCAUCCCUAUGAAAUGAAAAAAAAUGUUUUUAGGAAAAUAGAAAAAAAAAAUUUCCAGAUUUUAGCAGCACAUGCGUGCUUAUGUGCGUGUAUGGACGCUACACUCCUGUUUGAUGGGUAGCAUAUUUUGAAAAAUGUCCUUUUUUUCUCCUAUGACCUACUUUCUAUUAGUGGUAUUGUAAUGUACCUUGUAGUAUGUCUGGCAACCAACAUACAAUUUUAGACUGCCAAAUGGUAACUUCGAAAACAAUUUAGCUUGAAGCACUUUCAACUAGAUUUACUCACAUUGUUAUAAUACUGAUUAUUAAUAUUAUAGAGAACAGUCGAGCGAGUGAAUAUUUCAGGAAAUGUGGAUAACCCUGAGGGAACAAUGGAUGCUCUUAUGCAGAUCGCAGUGUGUCCCAAAGUAGGUAACCAUAAUUAUUUAUUCGGUUAAAGUGCCUAUCACCCGUAUUCAGUUAUAUUAAAUUUCGAACAUUUAUGUAGUUUAAAGAAUUUUUGCGAAGAAAUAAAAGUUAUUUUGCGUUUCAACACACUUCUAUCGAAGGACGAAAUCGGCAAUUUGAGGCUAAUUUCCUGCCAUAUUUAUUCAAAAAGGAGUGAUUGAGAGACUGGGCACUAAAUGCUUGUGACGUCAACCCGGUAUCUUGUAGCCAAUCGGUUAUCGCCGAGAUAACGGGUUGACGUCACAGGCUACUCGGCCCAGUCUCCCAUAAGGCGCGUUUGUUACUUCGUGAACCGGGAUCUUGAUCGCUUGUUAAAAAUCGAGAUUGAGCCCAAGUCCCAUUCUACUGCUUGUUUUUGCAUGUUAUAUGUUUCUACUUCUUAAAAAGAAAGACAUUGGCUAUGGGUUAUAGCACUUUAAACGCCGCCUUCGAUUAAACGCCGGUGAUGGAAGCAAAAUUACCAAUUAUCGCCACCCUCGAAUAAACGCCGUUCCUGAUCAAAAAAAUGCGGCGUAUUUUCGAGGAUAAUGAGAAAAAGUCGAUACAACUUGGUAAUCCACACCAUCCAGACAAUUUUGAUUCUAUCUCAGUAAAAUAAGAGAGAUUCUGGAACCUUUAAAGUACAUAGUAUUUAAAAACGAUUUACAGUAACUAUUGUCAGUGAUUUAAGAAAAGUGAUUUUGAAACAAACGCCGGCCUUGAAUAAACGCCGCAUCGAAAACGUUGAAAAUUUAAUAAACGCUGCGGCGUUUAAUCGAAUAAAUACGGUAUCGGCAAUAAAACUUUCCAGCAAAGGUGCAUAAUUAUUAUUUUACAAUAUUAAACUUGCAACAAACUGUAGGAGUUGCCUGUUUUAUUUUGGCGAUGACAUGUGACAUGGUUACACCAUAAGGAUUUUGUUCACAGUCUGAAACGAACGAUGAAUGUUGGAGACUUUAUUUGAAUGGUUACAUGUACGUCGUAUGAUUUUAUUUUAUAUCCACUGAUGGACCCAAUAUUUUAUAACUUUCCUAUGCAAUAAAAUAGGACCUAUUUAGAGUACUGUUGAAACCUGUUAACUCGAAACUCUUAAGGGAAAGAAAAGCUUUUCGAGUUAGGGGGUGUUUAAGUACUAUCAAGGUUAAUUGAGUAUUCAAUUUUCCAAGUGAAUAAUUGAUUGUUUGCCAAUUUUUCAGCACUUCUGAGUGCAGUGCCAAUUAAACUUAUCUCAUCAGCGACUGUAACGUGAUUAAGCAUUCUUAUUCUGAUGAUCUGAUAUGUUCUUUGCACUAAUUAACAUGAAAUUGCUGUAGUGUAAGCUUAAGUAUAUUUGCCGAGUACACGACAAGGAUAGCGAAUUGGAUGGCAUCUGUGGUGUGUUGCAAGAGCCAGAAUUCAAGUUGUCAGGGUAAAUUUAAAUCAAGGUGUUGGAGAUUUAGUUCAAUUUAGCAGGGAGUUUGAGUCAUCGGAGUACAAGUUAGCGGGUUUCUACUGUAGCAUUUGGUCAGUCCUCUGAUUUUUGACUCCAUGUUUUGAUUUUGGCAGGAAAUAGGAUGGACCGACAAGCAGUCAGCUCGAAGACUAGUUAUUGUUAUAACGGACGCUGGUUAUCAUGUUGCUGGUGACGGUUUGGUAUGUUAUUGUUAAAGUUUAAAGUUAUUGUUAUACAUUGUAGUUUGGCCGUUUGCAGGGUAGACUACGAGUAGUCCCCCAUUUGUCCUCAGGGAUAGCAGAGCGAGCGAAACGCCAGCGCGCGUGAAAAUCAUCCCACGCGAGUUCACGCGCGCUCGCGUUUCGCUCGCUCUACUAGUAAAAGACAAAGGGCAAAGACGGUACCUUUUUUAGACCCUAUUGGCCCGGUCCCGGGAAUCGAACCCACAACGUGCUGCCCUGCAGUCAAGCGCUCUACCGACUGAGCUAAUCCUGCUGUGAUUAUGAGAAAAAAAAAUCUUCUUGGUUACGAUAAAGAAUUUUUAAUUCAGUAUCAAUAAUUUUUGAUUCAUUAUCAUUCAUUAAUAAUUGCUUUAUUUUUGUUGUUGUUGUUGUUGUGUGCAGCUCGGUGGAGUGGUAAAACCAAAUGAUGGACACUGUUACACAGCAAAUGGGCGAUAUACAGCAUCAACAAUUAUGGUAAGGCAGUCAAACUCUCUUUGCAGUCGGUUCUUUUUGGUACGUCGACGUCAGAAUCCUCACUUUGAAAUUAACAAUGGACAAGAUGCAAUGCAAAAAAAUUUUUUAAUCAAGCAAGAAACAGAUUAUUUCCUAGUAUUUUGGAGCAACUGUCGUACAGGGCGUCAUUUAAACAGGGGUGUUUACUAAAGAAGAGCGUCUAAUACAACCUUAAAAGCAUAGGGGAACGUGUAUUGGACAAGACGAGUGUAUUUGAGAGAGGGCGUCUAUUAAAUCACUAAACAGUAACGUGACAGUUGCUAGUGGAUUUACUAAAGACAUCAUAUAAUUUGUUUUCUAAACAGGACUAUCCAUCUCCUGGAUUUCUCAAGAAAAUUCUGAUAGAUGAACAAGUGUCGCCAAUCUUUGCUAUCAACCAAAACAAGUCAGAAGUCUUCAAGCAAUUUGAGGUGAAUUUCAUUAUUGCCUCCUCGCCCUUGUUCCUCGGCAGUUUCAGGAUAUCAAGGGAUUUUUCAUAUAACAGUUGUCAUCUUGCUAUGUCACCGUGGCAGGAUGCAUAAGAGAGCUUUAGGUUCGAGGGCGAUGAAGACUACGAGUAGUCGAGUACGAGAUUUCCUAAAUGCUAAGUAGUGCACGCGUCAACCAACGUCAUUUCCGCGGAAAAACGUGUUUGCUGUCGUCAUUCUACAACGGAUUUUAGCGAGAAUGUCGUAGUGGCGGGAACAAGUUAUCAAAUGUAAAAAGUUUUAUCAUUUUGCCAUCGGGAGAGGGCUGAACCUCCUUCAGUAUAAAUAACCGUACUAACCUUCCCGGAGUGUCUUUUUUUUUAAGAACACGUGCAAAAACCUUAAGUUAAAUCUCGAAACUCCUAGUACUCGUUCGCGUCCUCAAAUCUAAAGCUCUUUAGUAACUCAGUCGGUAGAGCGCCUGACUGCAGAGCAAGAGGUCUCGGGUUCGAUUCCUGGGGCCGGGCCAAUACGCUGGGUCUAGCCUGCCCACAAGCUCCCCUUCCUUUUUGUCGCCCGCCGCCAGAGCGCCCCGGAAAGCUUGCUCGCAGGCUACUCAGGGUCUUGAAACAACUGAGAAAUGAAGGUGCUGCCUUUGCUCUGCAAACAGCUAGACCUUUGCGUGUCUCGGAUGACAGCAUCAAAUGGCGGUCCCGUCCCUAGUAGAAGACUCAAAAAUAGUGUCUUCAAUGCUUUUUUUCUUGUUUGUUUUUAUUUUGUUUAGUUUUUGUUUUUGAGACAAUAGUUCAGUCAUUUUGCCUUCGCAUAACGUGGGAAAAACCUCCUCUGUUUCCCCAGCUCUACACUUCCACUGUCCCCGGGAAGCUACUAGGGACCUUGAGAUCCGACGACGGCGACGGCAACUGGAACGCCACAAAAGCAAUAGGUUUUAUUAGCAAAACAACAAUUUUGCACGUGCAUCACGCUUUUUUUUUUUCACGAUGCACAGCGGAAGUACACAAGCGACGACGAGAUUUCCUCUCUCUUUCUGAACUUGGAUAUGCCUGUGGUUCUUAGGAAUUCAACUUUAGGAGGGUUCACCUACAUUUGACGAAGUUAGUGACUUGGAGUAAUCGCGAUGAAGAUUGAAAGAACGCGAAUUCACUUUUUCAGCGACGUUUUCACUGCCGUCGCCGUCCUCGGAUCUUAAGGUCCCUACUCUACAAAGUUUUAUACGGGGAGGCUCCGGUCCAAGGUCCAACCCCUUACCCAUUUGCUUCCCAUACAAUUCAAAAAUGGUGCCCUUUUAAGAUACUUACCAACUGUAAGUCUUUUUGUCAAUGUAAGUAGCGUUUAAUUAAACUGAUGUAGCCAUAAGGUGUGUCAGUUUGAAAUAUUUUAGUUAAACACCCUUUUAAACAGCUAAAUGGCAAAUUUUCCUAUCCUUUGGUAUACUAGACUGCGAGCAGUCUCUUAUUUUUCUUUGCAAAGUUACUGCACGCGAAACCUAACCACGCGAGCGGCAAAGCCGCGAGCCGCGAGAAACGAGGGCGUGUCUCAAUUCCUUAUUGUAAUAAUAACGUCGUGGUUUGCAGUCGCGCUGGAUGAGAUAAGAAGUAGACGGAUUUUAAGAGAAAAGGCGGACUGCAAGGAGUCUAUUGGUAUACUAUCUCGCGAAAUCCCUACCCUUUUAUACACAUGAAGCCUGAAAAAAGCACCCCUUUGGAGUGGAACCUCACAUGGAGUUUCCGCUCGGGGAUGGGGGAGGGGUGGGGGGCACCGAACGGUAUAUCCCUUUUUUCUGUCGAUAUCAAUACGAUUUCCAAAGUUGCACGCCAUCUGGUUAUGAAGAAUAAGAACUGGAAUUUACUCCAAUUAGAAAUAGGGAAAUAUUUUCAAAGAACAAUAACAAUAUUUAUAUAUAACUGUGAAAGGUUUGAACCAAGGAGUCACUUCAUUAUUACGUUCACCCGGACGAUCAUACUCAGCCUACUUGGGAAUAUUUACAUAUUAAUUGUUUAUUUAGGAAUUAGUUCAUUUUUUUGGCGAUGAGUCUGGAGCCGUGGCAGCCUUGUUAAAGGAAGAUUCUUCUAACAUUGUUCAGCUCAUAAGACAAGCUUAUGAGGUGAGUUUGUGUUAAUCUGCUUUGUUUUCGUGAUUCUUUUUUUAAGUCAGCGAAAUUUAAGCCCCUUGAUUCUCAGUGGUCCUUGAGCCUGAGUUAGUAAUCGCCGAUAAAAAGUUGCAUAUUUUUAUUUGCGCAUUGAAGUAAAAACCCACGUAUAAGAGCCUAAAAAUUCAGAACCCAUUUAUAGGUAGUGUUACCGGUAGUAAAGGUCUAUAGUUAUUUCCCAUAGUUAUAUUUCGGUAAGCUGCAAAACAGGUGCUUUAAGAGCCAAGCAAGGUGAACGUGACAUUUUGCGCGAAGCGCGAGACUAGCGCGAAUCCUCCCCUCGUCUCGUGCUUCACGCAAAAUGCCGCAUUCGCCUCGCUUGGUUCAUAAAGCGCUUGCUAUGCUGACUUUAUUUCGGAGAAUAAUCAAUCUGGAACCCUCCCUCCAAUCCUGCACACUCCCCCCUCCCUCACGAUAGUUGCUCCCCUCCUCCCUUACGAUAGUUGGCGUAUUUGUUGCCUUCUACAGGUAGCUUGAGCAUUAGCACUGCAUCACGAAGGGGGAAUAGGGGAAAAUAAAGUUUGAAGUAGAUGGUGUUCGAAAAGUUUGGAAAGCGGUGAGGACAAAGUGUCCAGACGGGUUUUACGCCGACUGUAACCAGCGCUCAAUACUUUGAUCGUGUAACUAAUUUCUUUUAAAGGCCUUCCGCUGCUAUGAAGUAAAUAAGAAUGUUUUAAAAUUUCCUUACAGAAAAUUGCGCAAACACAAACUAUCCGUGACACAGCACCCGAAGGAGUCAAAGUUAACUACACGGCAUAUUGUCCGUAAGUGUGCUGUCCUUAAAACUUUAUUUCUCGUUAUCGUUAUAAAGCGUUGGUUUUCGUAAUGAACCUUACUUCUACCCGUGUUAAUGACCAAGUCGGAAAUCUAAAAAAAUAAUAAUAGAAAUAUCUUCUUUUGACUCUUUCAAUCCCAGAAGUUACCAAAGUCAAAAUUCAACAAAAUUUGUUAAUUUUAUUUUGUAAAAUGCCGAAAAACAAAAGUACUGCCAAAAAGGAUUUAUUUGAAUGGUCACACCAAACGUUUUGGUCAACAAACUCAAAAGUUAGAACCAGCGUUGUUAGGGUGAGUUAGCAACAGAACGGGAACGUCAGUUGACGACAGCACGCGCAAAUCAAAUAACUGGCUUGACCAAUGGCAGAGCGGCAAAUUGAGCACCGGAAGUCGUGUUUAGUCCUUUCCGCGCGCUUUCCCGUCUCUGGGAGUGCCGGACGGUGUUAAAAAACUGAAAACAAUUUUUCUGCAGUAUAUUUACCUCGAGCAGUUUCAUUCUGUAGCUGUUAUUUUCUGGGGCCUCCCUAAUCACUUUUCGGGCCAAAAGGUAUUUAAAUAGGCCAUUUCCCGAGUACGAAAAACGCUUUCUUUCAAAACGAGGCUAAGUGCAAAACCUUGUGAAAAUGAGUUUUACAGCGAUUUUUGUAUGACCUUGAAAAAUGGUUUCGGUAAGUGUUCGUUAUUUGUAUUAUCAGCUUUCCCGCCAAAGAAAACCCAAAUAUGGAGAGGGCAUUGUUCGAUUGGCCAAUGGUGUUGCAGUAUGACGUCAAAGUGAAGUAUCGAUUGAUUUCUAGAAAGUUCUUCGGGCGUGAAGUUUUUUCAACCGAGCGUUUGCGUAACCAACCAAAAGCCACGCGCUUUCGUUUCCGUUCGACAAGCCAAUCAAAUCGCUCUAUUUCCGUUCGUUUGUUCUUUCUGUUUUGUUCGCGCUUGUUCAUUUCAAGGUCACACAAAAAUCGCCCUAUUUGCAUAAGAAUAAACAACCAUUUUCAUCUCCAGGGCUCGAAAACAUCUUGAAUUCUGUCUUGUGCUUUGGACAAGCAACUCUCAUAUUUUACUUUUCCGGGCCACUUCUUACUCGUCUUAGUUACGUAUACUGCUUUUGUUAGAGGAUGACUUGCCUGGAACCUUGCCCAAUGGGCAAGUAAGCGGUAAAAGUUACUCAGUGCCCAUGAAGAAAAUCUGCUUGUCCCUAGCUUUCGAGCAAGCUCUCCAUUUGGGGGCUGUCGUGAAAAGUAGAUGUGCGAGAGGCACGCGACAGGAGACGCGAACGCUCGCUCGCGCGUUCUCGCGCGGCUCGCGAAGGAGAUCGAGCUUGCUCACAGAGUAACUUGUCCCGGACUACCAGACGGGACUUAAGCCUCGGACUUAGCCUCGCUUUGAAACAGAGGCUUGGGGUAACUCGGAGUAGCCUAUUGGGCUAUGUCCUAGCUUGUUCCUUAAUUGUGCAAAUUUUUUUUUGUCAUCAUUAGUAUGUUUGAUUUAGUUCCUAAUUGAUGUCUUUUGUUCUAAGAAAUGAAAAACUAGUAGGAUCAAGGACUUGUACGGGUGUUCAGAUAGGACAAGAAGUGAGUUUUUUAAAUAUAUUUUUAGUUCUCUUAAUCACCUUUGACGUUAACUCAAGGGCUUGAGGAGAAUGGGCAUAAGUUACAAUUUUUAUUUUUGGUCGAAAUCUAAAUCACGUUAUUAGUCUACUUCUCACAUAGUUUGGUUGUAACAUAGAAAACUCAGUUCAAUAGUAGUUUUAAAAACAAAAGCUACAAUCUUCAAGAAUUAUUGUUGCAACAAGUGAACUAACAUAAGCAAAGCAUAACGUAUUUCUUGAAUUGAAGAGUUGACGAAACAGAAAGAUCAAUGGCACAUUCCCUCUUUUACUUGCUGGCAUUUCGUGGGUUUAAGAACAGAAGAAUUUAAGCAGUCAUUUAAUUUCAGGUGUCAUUUGAGGUUUCGGUGACUGUGGAAGACUGUAACCUCAAAGAGAAAAGGUAUUCAUUGUCUUAAAACAUUCAGUAAACCUAAUUUGAUUUAUUAUUAUUGUAGAUGAUAAGGGAAGCCGGCUAAGAUAUGAAAGGGACAGUAGGAUGGUUUUAUAUGUUACCCUAACUAAAAAGAUAAAACAGAUAAUUAUGAGCUAACUAAACUAAAGUAUAUAAAACUAGGAUAAGAACAUUUCAAAAAGUGUGUACAAUGAAUAAAUAGAGAAUCGCAAAAAAUGCAAAUGAUUAAUACAGGUAUCGGGGGGCGAUUAUUCCUUUUUUUUUUCCACCAAAAGGGGGCGAUUAUUCUAGGGAGGGGUCUCUCGAAAGUACCGGUAACUGUUCAGACCCGAAAUGCGGGUCCAUUUUGUUUUGAUAACUGAUGGUUAUAUAAUGUUGUCUGCAAAACUGUUGAAACCCCUCUCUUGAAUGUAAAAUAGCUUUUUAGGCCUGUUAAUUAUCGGGACUUUCGAGGAAGGGGCCCCUGGUCGGUGUAAUCUGCGAAGGUGUUAGUUGAUGUGUAACUUCUGAUUGAAAUGCUCUCUUUCUUAAACAGCUUUUCUUUGGUGACGCCGUUUGGCAAUGUGGAUAUAAACCUGGAUUUUGUUUGUAGCUGCCAGUGCGAAAAAGAGGAGGAAAAAGUAUGUACACAUUACAAAUUAAGUAUGUUGAGUAUGGUCGUCCCGGUGAAGGUAGGCCGUAGUCCUGAAUAGGACUGUUGUUGUUGACAGUGACUGAUGUUUCGACAACCUGUGCGGUAGUCAUCUUCAGAGACGAAGUGAGUUGUAUUACGUCGGUUGAUGGUAUUAAACUCUGGUUAUUGACCUGAUUGGUCAAUUAAGUUGCGAUGUUAUUGGUCCUCUGUCAGUUAACAGUACGAGUCUUCACAGCCGAUAACAUCACGACUUAAUUGACCAAUAAGGUUAGUAACCUACCAUCUACUCACGUGAUACAACUCACUUUGACUCUAAUGAUGACUACCGCACAGGUUGUUGAAACGUCAGUCACUGUCAACAACAACAGUCCUAUUCAGGACUACGUUCGCCCGGACGAUCAAACUCAACCUACUUUUGAAAUGACUGCUGAGUUCAAACCUUUCUCACACAUUAAAAAUUAUUGAAUUUUACAUCUUGUAAAUGGUAAGUACAGAUGUACCCCUGGUCAUUAGCAGCCUGAGAAUAUAACACAAAUCCCUGGUAUUCUUUGACGGUUUGAAAGUGAAUUCCUUGACCUUUCCAGGCCUUGACCGCGGCAACCUCACAAAAAUUCAAUUUCCGGUUUUUCACUGGAAAAACCGGAAAUUCCCGUUGGAAAGUCAAAUGGUUCACGUCAUUCCAUCUGGGAAGCUUCAGAAAGUAUGGGCUGUGAUUUGAGACGAUGCAAUUUUUCUGCUAUUUACAGUCUGCUCAGCUGAUUUCGAUAUAGCCUGAAUUUCAUCCGAUUACUUCGAGUCGUUAUUACUCGCUCAGUAACGUCUGAAUCUGCCGGCCGUUAAUGCCGUCCAGUGACGUCACUUCUCCUUUGCUUUAAUUCAUGCAAAAAGUUAAACACGAUUUUUAAGUGGCAAACCGAGAAAUAUCGUUUGGAAAUGUCAGCGUGAUAUAGAAUGGCUUUACUUUUUUCGAUCUUAAUUCAGGUUUAACGUUCUCACUAUCAACUGCAUGCGGUAUUGUGAACCGGUUGUAAUUCCAUAAUCAAACUCGGUGAACAUCACGCAAUGAAAUAGGUACACACACGGAACACUUAGUUAACACCCAGGCUAAUUUAGAUAUACUUUGUAGCGGGUCUUUCUCUCACCACGCCAAAUUCUAUAGUUUUAUGUUUAUGCACAAGAUUUCCUCCCGAAUGGUGUGUGUAGGCAUCCCCCAGGAUUCCUGAAGAAAAGUAUUAGAAGAUGUAUAUGUUCAGAAAAUUAUUCUGUACUGGAAUUAUUUUGGCACUACUCUUGAAAACGUGAUUAGAUAAAAAUGUAAGGAGGUAAAUCAAUGGCAUUCAAAGGAAGCUGUAAAUAGCCAAGCUUAAAAUUCACCAUCUCUCAUUCUAUCGUCACACAGUACGAUCUCGACAUUGCUGAUCCUAGCAGUAUGCAGGACGCGUGUCAAAUAUGAACCUAGUAUAUGGCCUCGCUCUCCAUGAGUUCGCCGUAACUCAGAGGACGGAGCGCCCGCCCGGUGUCUGGGGGGUCAUAGGUUCGAAUCCAGUCGGGGACUCAGAUUUUUUCUUUCUCCCACGCUAGUGACAUUCUGAUUAUUUCAUUUCCACAAUAGAAAUCUGGUUCGUCAGUGGACAAAAGUCAUUGUUUAGAGGUCGGAAAAUAGUCGGCGAAAGUCAGACUGAUUUUCUCCCUGUUUUGUUUAUCUCUCAAGACGUAUGUGUUUUAUUUUGUUUUAGGAGAAGUCCAGUCCACAUUGUAGUGGAAAUGGAACAUUAACCUGUGGACAGUGUAUUUGUAACAAAGGAUGGUAA